AAAAUGUAAUUAGAAUUUUACAUUCUAGAAGUUUAAGGCGCGAGACAAGUUUGUCCCUCUGCGAGAGCCGUAACCCGGAAGUUAGCGUUAAUGCGCAAUAAAACAGUCUGUUUGCUGUUAAAAUAAACGAAAUAUUAGCUGAAUGCAUAGGUGAAGUAGGAUUUUAAAGGUAUUGCUAUCUUUAAAGGUUUAUUGUUUGAAUCUGAAAGUAUAAAAGUAGUGCACAAAAGCGCACUGUAGCGAGUUAAGGUUAGUUGAAAGGCAGAGUUGUGUACAUGGAGACGUGGGUGAGAUUCAACGCUCAGAGUCAAGCUAAAGAGCGAGUGUUCAGGGCUGCACAGUAUGCCUGCACUCUGCUUGGAUACACACUACAGAAAGGAGGAGCUGCAGCUCAACUGUUAACAACCAUCAAGCAGCUGGAAGCUCAUCUGAGUCUCAGCAGAAAACUGAUGCGGUUAGGGAACUCUGCCGAGGCUCUGGAAGCAGCGAAGCGAGCUGUUCACCUCUCCGACUGUGUGCUGCGGCUCUGCAUCACCGUCUCCCAUUUAAACAGAGCCAUGUACUUCGCCUGCGAUAACCUGCUGUGGGCCGGAAAGACGGGGCUGCUGCCACGACUCGACCAGGACAAGUGGAGCCAGCGGUCAUUCAGGUAUUACCUGUUUGCGCUCAUCUUGAACCUGACCCGUGACCUUUACGAGAUCUACGGUUUGAUGGAGCGUGAGCGGCGCAGCUCCUCAGCCAAAGCUCAUCUCUCGGGCACCGUAGAGAACGGCGAGAUCCCCUCCGUCAUGUCCUCCUGCACGUCCGUCUUCACGGCCAGGCUUCAGCAGCAGCUGCGUCUGCUCACCGCCGUCCUGCGCAGCAACCCUCCGCUCCUCCUGGACACGCUGAAGAACCUGUGUGACGUCUUCAUCCCGCUGGAUAAACUGGGCCUCUAUCCUACCGGGCCGGGAUUCGUGGGGGCGUGCGGUCUCACCUCGUCCGUUCUGUCCAUCCUCACCGUGCUCUACCCCUGGCUCAAACUCAAACCCUAAACCACCUUUUAAUGUCAUGCCAUGAACCAGCGCUGAGUCUGAACUGAGCUGCUGUCAGAAAUUCCCAGACUGGCCAAUUAAGACAGAGUGUGCUGAUGAUGUCACAACUGUCAGAGGAGAUGGAGAGCAAAAGGAGGAGGCACGUGCGCGCGCGUGUGUGUGUGUGUGUGUGUUUGUGUGUUUGCUAUACUAUGCAUUAGGCAUGUGCUGAUAAUCGUAGUGCAUUCACGUUAUACCAGAAUUACAGUAAUGCCAGAUUACGAUAACACUUAUAAAAAGCGUUCACGUCUUUAUACGUCACGGAAUUACCAUUGACAGUGUGUGAAAAACACAUGCAACCCAAAAAAAAAAAAAAAAAAAACCCUCACUGUAUAUGUGUAUAUCUGUCAAACAUCCCGUAUUAUUUUAUAUAAUACUACACCACUGUUGAAUUCUCUAUUCUGAUUGGUCAGAAGGCGUUGAUUAAUUUUCUGUAACAGCAGCUAGCUCUAAUACAUUAUUGUUUCUAUAAUAGCAUACACAGGGACUGUCUGCAUGAACAGAUUUAGAAAAAAAACAAACUUUUAUUUAGUAUUUUUGGAAGUCUGGAGCUGUAACUUUAAGUUUUCCAGCAUGGGAAAGUCUUCAGGAUGUUGCUUUUUGGUAAAGUGAUGUGGCAUAAGAGGAGUAACAUACUUGCGCUGGUUUUGGGAAAGUAAUCAACUUCAGGAUGGUAAGAGUAACUCCGCUGCAUCGUUGUUUAUUUUCUCAUAACCCAAGUGUCAUUCCUGAAUUGACUGCGUAAUAAAUAGUGCAGUUUUUUUUUUUUUCCAGUCAGAAAGAUAUUGCUGGGUUUGGUCAGUGUUUCGACAUCAUCUGUUCCCUCUGUAUGAUAAUUACUCUACCUAAAACCCCAUACAUAAUAUGUUUUUGCUCACCCCUGAGAAAGACAGGAUGGUUAGUAUAAGUGACAAAUACAGAUUCAGUCUUGAAGAAAAAAAAAAAUAAAUAUAUAAAAAUCAUCGUGAUUAUGUUAAACCGGGAUGAAAGGCUAUAUAGUGAUAAGGAAGUGUAAUAUUAGCACAUGUCUCUGUAUCUGUUGUGUGUGUGUGUGUGUGUGUGUGUGUAUUUGUUUUGGUUUUGUCUUCUCUUUCUUUGCCCGAGGUUAUUGUUCCCCAGCUGACAUCUUCAUGCAUCUUUACAAAUGAAAGUAAUAAUCCCACAUUAAUCCCUAACAGUUCAUAUUUUGAUUUCUGUAAUGGUAAUGUACUGAAUGCACUUCACUUCAUGCCAGUGAGCUCUGAAUUUAAUGAUGGCCUAAAUAUUUUAUUUUAAUGUGAACAAACUGUGUAACUCUGAAAGGUUACUCUUUCAGGAUGAUGAGACGCACUGAAACUGUACUUUAACCCUGUUUGCGAAUGUUUUUCGAUGUGUGACAGGUUACUGAUUCAUUCGUCUAUAAAUUAGUAAUCAGAACUGACUGCUGAAUCCGUCUCAGUUUAUGGAUUUCUUUUAAUAGCAUCUCGAGAGGGUGCGACAUUUGGACCUAUUGUUCGAAAUAAAGUUUUUAUUUUGUAUGC